AUGGAGACGACCUUACAGGUGGUUGAUCCGGACCCACAGGUGGUCGAGCCGUCGACCCAGGCAGAUGAACCCUCGAAACCCCUUCCCGGCGUGGUGGCUCUCAGCACUUGCCCGGGCACCACUCCUGGUACCCCUCUGAGCAAAAAUCAAUUGAAAAAACAGCGAAAACUGGCCGCGUACGUGGAGCUGAGGAAACUCCGCCGGGAAAAGGAGCGAGAGCGCAACAAGCAGAAGAGGAGGGAUGCCAAGGAGCAGGGCCUGCCCAUUCGGACGGGUCCUUCCCGCAAGGAGCUAAAAAGGAAACAGGCUGUCACCGGAGCAGAUGGCAAUCCGGCCCUCAAAGUGGCCAUAGAUCUUGAUUACGAUGAGCUGAUGCAAGAGAGGGACAUUGCCAAGUGCGUGAAGCAAUGCCUGCGAAUCUACACCAUCAACCGAAGGAGCUCGCAUCCCGGGGAGCUGCACUUUGCUGGCAUUCGAGAGAAUGGCAAUAUCCACAAGUGGUUCAUGAAAAACGACGGCUGGGAGAACUGGAACGUGAAGUAUCAUUUCGACAAGACGCACAAGGAUUUGUUCGACCGGGAGCAUAUGGUCUACCUCACCUGCGAGUCGGAACAGGUGCUGGACAAGCUGCAGCCGGGCUGCACCUACAUAAUCGGUGGCCUGGUGGAUCACAACCACUUCAAGGGACUCUGCCAUCAGAGGGCCACGGAGGCGGGUCUAAAAACAGCCCGCCUGCCGCUCAGCGAGCACGUAGACAUGAAAACCAGAUCCGUGCUCAGCACCUAUCAUGUUUUUGAGCUUCUGACCAAGGUGGCUGCUGGCCAGGACUGGACCACAGCCAUUCUAGACACAAUUCCCGUUCGAAAGGGGGCCAAGGCAAAGGAUAGAACAGAGGACUCCGAGCCAAAGCAGCCCGAUGAAGCAGAACCUCAGGAUAUAGAAUCGCAACCUCCACCAUCGGGGCUAGACAGUUGACCCGCGUUUUAUUUGCAAUUCGAGGUCUUUUUGAUUUUUAUUUUAGUUUCUCUUGUUUUUAUAAAAUCACAUUUAGUUUUGUUUCGCAAAUUAAAAUACAACUUAAAGUAUAUAGCGCAAAAAAUAAUAAUUAGAAUUAAAAGUGGAUUAUUUAGAACGUGCGUCGACUUCCAGCGACAAAAGUCGCCAUCGAAACGCUAGCUUCUUCCAAUUUCUGUUCUCUGUUGGUUUCAUAUACAUAUUUAUGUAGUUUUAUGGUUUUAUGUUUUUGUGCACGUCAUAUGGCGAUUGGGUUUUCGAAGAUAGCACCGAACCAAAAUUUAUACAA